GCUGGGGGGUACCUCAUGUCCGGCAGGACAACUCCGACCUCAAUAAAAGGUCUCCAGGUGCUUCUGCUCCUCACACACCUUCAGCUCUCAGCAAGAACAAGAACGGUCCUCGCUCCAGCCACCCUUCGCUCCUCUCCCAACACCAUGUGCUCCACUGGAUGCUGUUCCACGGGAUGCUGCUCUGUCGUGAAGAGCAAGACCGUGUGCUGCACCCCCUGCAAGACCGUGUGCUGCAGUCCCUGCAAGACCGUGUGCUGCAGCCCCUGCAAGACCGUGUGCUGCAGCCCCUGCAAGACCGUGUGCUGCUCCCCGUGCCAGCAAUCCUGCUGCUGCGACCCCUGCAAGAAGACGGUGUGCUGUGAGCCAUGCCAGUCCUGCUGUGACCCAUGCCAGAAGCCCUGCUGUGACCCAUGCCAGUCCUGCUGUGAUCCUUGCCAGUCCUGCUGUGAUCCUUGUCAGAAGCCCUGCUGUGACCCAUGCCAGUCCUGCUGUGACCCAUGCCAGAAGCCCUGCUGUGACCCGUGCCAGUCCUGCUGUGACCCGUGCCAGAAGCCCUGCUGUGACCCGUGCCAGAAGCCUUGCUGUGACCCAUGCCAGACCUGCUGUGACCCAUGCCAGAAGCCUUGCUGUGACCCGUGCCAGUCCUGCUGCGACCCGUGCCAGUCCGUGUGCUGCACCAAGGUGUGCCAUAAGUCCGUGUGCUGUGUCCCACGUCCCUGCUGCUCUCCCUGCUGCUCCUGCGUGGUGAAGAAGCCCGUGGUGGUUUGCUGCACCCCCGUGAGGAAGUACUGCACCCCCUGCAUCCCCAUCCAGCAGUGCUGUGCCAGCCUCAGGAAGACCUACAUCCCAAACACUCCUGGCUCCCUCCUCACGUGCACAUCUGGUGACCAGGAGCAAACAAACACCCCCAUUUUCCUGACAUUUUCCCAAUUUGCUCCAAACGCCAUCCCGACGGAACGACCGGCACGACGCCGGGGCUGGGUUUGGGCUCCUGCACUGAUUCAGCACCAGCUGCUGCUGAGUCAAUUCCAGAACAUCUCCAUCCAUCCUGCAGAUACGAGGCCGCAUUUUUUGGCUCCCUCACAAGGUUGUGGGGAGGACAAAUUCAUCCAAAUUCACAGGAGCCCUUUGAUUAUCUCCAGGCUAAACCAUGACGAGGCAGAAGCAGCGUGGUGGAUCACCAGUAAUGAGGCGAAAUGCAAAUUCCAGGCGACACCUACGGCUAAAAAAUAUGGGUUUGGAUGGAUAAACAGGGAAGCUGGAAUGGUCAAUGGCUGUCUCACUUCCAGGAGGAAGGAUGGACGGGAGUAUAAAAGGGCUCCGGGCCCAGCUCGCUUCAUUCGCUCGCCUUCUCCUCCCUUCACCUCUCCUCACUCUUCAGCAGGCUCCGCCUCCACUCCCACCACCCCCAAGAUGCCCAACGGAUGCUGCGGCUGCGGCGGCGGAAAUAACUACACCGUGUGCUGCUACAGCAGCCCCCGCUGCUGCAAGACCCCCAUGUGCUGCAGCCCCAUGCAGUGCUGCAGCCCCUGCUGCAUGCCCAUGCAGUCCUGCUGCAUGCCCACCUCCUGCUGCUACACCAUCAGCAGCAACAACAACAGCGGCUGCUGCGGCGGCUGCUGCGGCGGCAACUGAGCUCACCUGGCGGAUCUCCGGCUCCGACGUGGAUGUGGACAUGGAUCCCAACCCAAACGCUCCUCCAACUCUGCUUGGACACCCAGAACUUCUUUUUGCUGCCUUUAACCCCCUGGCUGUGCCCUGAAGCCGCUGCCCAGCGAGUUUCUGGCGCUGCUCUUCCUUCCCCUCUUGGUGAUGGGACUGUCUCCUUCUCCCUUCUCUUUUUUUAAUCCCUAAUUAGCCAUGAGAGACAAUAAAAUUCGUAACUUCUGACUCUGCAGA